UUCGCUGUUGGACAAACCGUUGGUAAUUGGUGGGUCAUCACGUCUAAACUUACAAAAGUCAAGGGUUCGUGUAACCAGGGCAUUCUCUUCGUCCUCCAUAAACUGAAUGGCGAGAAAUGUAUUAUGAAGCUCCUGACCUCAGAAGCCCUGGAUCCCGGUCGUUCGAGUCGAGAGAUUGGCAUUCUACGCCGCCUAUCCCAUCCUAAUAUAAUCUCUUUCUUCGACGCGCAUCUACCAUGCACAGUUACGGAGCGCCACGCUACACCCUACCUAGUAACGGAAUACUGUGACAAAAAAACUCUAUUAGAUGUCAUCACGCGCUGCAACCAAAACGAAGAGCUCAUACCCGAAGAUUUUGUAUGGCAAGUCUUCGAAUCCCUCGUUUCCGCGGUGACGUACCUCCACAACGGACCUGACAACGCUCUACCUGGUACAUGGGAUGCCGUUUCCCACCGUGACAUAAUUCCAUCCAAUAUACUUUGUACUCUCGCCAUACCAACCUUACCAUACAAGUUCGAUAGUUGUUCCAAGCAGUCACCAUAUGACUACCCAGUACGCAUCAAACUCGCAGACUUCGGCUGCGCCAUCGCCGACAGCGAAAUGGCAGCGCAACCCAAACCCUGGUGGGAUCUGCCGGCUAUAUCUGGUGAUUAUGAGCCUCCAGAAGGCGCUCUACCAACUGAAGCGGCUGACAUGUACCAGAUUGGAUUAGUCAUUUCGCUUAUGUAUUGUAUGACGAACUGUCCCUAUAAGGAUAUCUUCACUGCGGGCUUCUUGUAUCAAACUCGUCAUCCAGGAUUUGCUGAAUACACAUCCGAGUUGCGUACAUAUCUUGAGAUGUGUCUCGAUUCUGAUGCUAGCCAGCGGCCUAAAUCAAAGUCUUUUCUUUCGAGGAUCCAGAGUGCAAGG